AUGAGUAAUAUGAAUGUGGCAGAAUGUCGAACAUAUUUUAGCUCUGACUCAGUUUGUCCGACGGAAGGCACUCCUGAUUCAGUCGCCGCUCUUCACACCCCAGAGUUCUUAAACGGGUUGAAGUGCUCUGGUGUGCCUAACCAUUCUUUGGCUUUAAAAAUUGGGUCUCCAGUUAUGUUACUACGAAAUAUAGAUCAUUCCGCUGGUUUGUGCAAUGACAUGAGGUUAAUCAUUUCUAAACUAGGAGACCACGUUGUCGAAGCAAAAAUUCUAUUCAGAAGUCAUGCAGGAACAAAGGUGUUGAUUCCAAGAUUGUCAUUGACUCCAUCAGAUCCAAAGUUACUGUUUAAAUUUCAGUGGAGACAAUUCCCCCUAAUGUUGUCUUAUGCUAUGACAAUUAACAAAAGCCAAGGUCAAACACUGUUUACAGUUGGGCUAUUACUGAAAAAACCUGUUUUUGUUCAUGGACAACUUUACGUGGCUUUGUCAAGAGUUAGCAAUCCAAAUGGUCUUAAGUUACUUAUUUGCAACGACAAUGGAGAAUAUGUUUCUUCAACGUCAAAUGUUGUAUAUAAAGAAGUAUUUAAUAAUAUAUAA